GCAGGGAUGCGUCAGGCGUCCGAGACCCUCCGUGGCAGGGCGAGGCCUAGGGGCCAUUCGGGGGACGCCACGACCGCCCCCGGGAACAGUACAGGAGGGUGUGGACAGAUGCGGCCGCCCCCGCGGGGUACUCUUCAAGUGCUCCGCGGCGACGGGGCCUCUGUGGGGACUGUCAUCGUGUUCCACUGCCCCUCAGGACACCAGAUGGUGGGGUCUGGCCUCCUCGCCUGCACCUGGAAGGGGAGCGUCGCUGAGUGGUCUCAGGGACCCCCUGUGUGCAAAGCUGUGACGCCCCAUGAGACCUUUGGCUUCAGGGUGGCCGUGAUCGCCUCCAUCGUCAGCUGCGCCAUCAUCCUGCUCAUGUCCAUGGCCUUCCUCACCUGCUGCCUCCUGAAGUGCGUGAAGAGGACCGAGCAGCGCGCUUCGACAGCUGCCCAGCUGUGGCUCCAGCUGCGAGGUGAAGACUUGGAGACGCUGCAGGCCACCUACCUGGGCCUCCCGGGCUUGAAGAACAGCAGCGGCAAUCGGUCCCUGCAGAGCCCGAGCUCGGACUGGCUGUCGGGCACUGGCCCUCGGGCUGCGCCGCGUUUCCCACGCAGGUGCCUGGGUGCUGGGGCGGGGCGGGCGCCCCCGCACAUGCAGACGGCGCUCUUGGGGCCGAGAGACCUCGGUGAGCGCGCCAGAGCGCUGGCUGGUGUGGCCGGCUGCGUGGACAAGGACCCCCGGGCCCCUGGCAGUGCCGCCUGCUCACCCUGGGCCCCGGUGACGGUGCACAGUGAACCCUGGGAAGACCCCGCCUGCCCCCAGGCCCACCACUGUGAGGCCCAGACGGUCCAGGCCCGAGCUGCCCUCCACACCGAGGCGACCGGGCCGACCUGUCAGCUGGCCACCUGUGUUUCGACGUGUGUCCAGCUCGAGGCGGGUCAGUGA